AUGGCUGACCAAAUCCCUUUCAGCAUUGCUGAGAAAAUCUUGACUAAGCUGGGCUCCUUGGCUGUCCAGGAAAUUGAACUGGCUUGUGGUGCUAGAAAGGAGCUAAAAAAGCUUGGGGACACUUUGACCACCAUCAACACUGUGCUUCUUGUUGCUGAGGAGCGGCAGGAGAGGGAGCAUGCAGUGGAGAAUUGGGUGAGGAGGUUCAAAGAUGUCAUCUAUGAUGCGGAUGACUUGUUGGAUGACUUUGCAACCUAUGAAUUGAGGCGAGGAGGAAUGGCAGGACAGGUUAGUCGCUUCUUCUCAUCUUCAAAUCAGGCUGCAUUUCAUUUUAGAAUGGGUCAUAGAAUCAAAGAUAUUAGAGGAAGGCUAGAUGACAUUGCAAAUGAUAUCUCUAAGUUUAAUUUUAUUCCUAGAGCGACAACUAGCAUGCGGGUAGGGAAUACGGGGAGAGAGACCCACUCUUUUGUGUUGAUGUCUGAAAUUAAAGGAAGGGAUGAAGACAAAGAGAAGAUAAUAGAAAUAUUGUUGCAAUCAAACAAUGAAGAAAAUCUUUCUGUUGUUGCCAUUGUUGGUAUUGGUGGUUUAGGCAAGACCACCUUAGCCCAAUUGGUCUACAAUGAUGAGAAGUUAUUGAGAGUUGCCAAGCUUGAAAUCCUGCAACUGCCUUCGUGUUGUCCUUCUCUUUCUGAAUUAGAGAUCACAGACUGCGAUCAGUUAACAAUCGUCCAACUGCUUUCAUCUCCCCAUCUUUCUAAAUUAGUUAUUGGGGACUGCGGAAGCUUGAAAUCCCUACAACUGCCUUCGUGUCCUUCUCUUUCUGAAUUAGAGAUCAGAGAUUGCGAUCAGUUAACAACCGUCCAACUGCUUUCAUCUCCCCAUCUUUCUCAAUUAGUUAUUGAGAGUUGCCAAAGCUUGAAAUCCCUGCAACUGCCUUCGUGUUGUCCUUCUCUUUCUGAAUUAAAGAUCACAGAUUGCGAUCAGUUAACAACCGUCCAACUGCUUUCAUCUCCCCAUCUUUCUAAAUUAGUUAUUAGGUAUUGUAUAAGCUUGGAAUCCCUGCAACUGCCUUCGUGUUGUCCUUCUCUUUCUGAAUUAGAGAUCACAGAUUGCGAUCAGUUAACAACCGUCCAACUGCUUUCAUCUCCCCAUCUUUCUAAAUUAGUUAUUAGGUAUUGUAUAAGCUUGAAAUCCCUACAACUGCCUUCGUGUCCUUCUCUUUCUAAAUUAGAGAUCAUAAAGUGCGAUCAGUUAACAACCGUCCAACUGCUUUCAUCUCCCCAUCUUUCUAAAUUAGUUAUUGGGGACUGCGGAAGCUUGAAAUCCCUACAACUGCCUUCGUGUCCUUCUCUUUCUGAAUUAGAGAUCAGAGAUUGCGAUCAGUUAACAACCGUCCAACUGCUUUCAUCUCCCCAUCGUUCUCAAUUAGUUAUUGACAGUUGCGAAAGCUUGGAAUCCUUGCAACUGCCUUCUUUACCUUGUGUUGAGGGACUAUGGCUAGAAGGAGUCCGUGAGGAGAUACAAUGGCAGAUAAUUUUGGUCUCUUCUUCAUUGAAGUAUCUGAAAAUCUCGCACAUAUAUGGACUAACGUCUCUGUUUCAAGGGAUUCAACAUCUCGGCGCCCUUGAGGAGUUACGAAUUUAUUACUGCAUCCAUCUUAACUUGUCAGAUAAAGAGGAUGAUGAUGGUGGCUUGCAAUUUCAAGGCCUUAGAAGCUUGCGUAAACUAUUUAUUGCAGGAAUUCCAAAACUGGUGUCUCUUCCAAAGGGGCUUCAACAUGUUACCACACUGGAAACUCUCUCAAUUGCUGGUUGUCAUGAUUUCACCACUUUACCAGACUGGAUAAGCAGCCUAACUUCCCUUUCAGAGCUGAAGAUUUUGUGGUGCCCUAGAUUCAAGCUUGAAGAUCGGUCCAAGAUUGCUCAUAUUCCAAGAAUUGACAUCUUCUAAGAUAUAUGUCAGAGUUGUAAUCUUCAAUUGUCCACUGUUGAAAGGAAGCUGCCAAAAGAAACAUGUGCAGAUUGGCUUACGAUUGCUCAUGUCCAACCAACUCUUAUUGGCAUUAUCAUGCACUGCUGCAUGAAGGAAUUCCACUCUAUUCGGUUCAACAUCUUUUCCCACUUUUGAUGGAUUUAUCUUUCGUGAUUUUUCUAUAAAACCUUUAAAUUUGUUGGACUCUGUUUACAGUGCUUGAAAUCCAAGGAAGAAAAUUUGAGGGAAAACAAUACCUUCAAUGCUUGAGACCAUAUUGGGGAAGCCUGUUGGUGGCUGCAAGAAAAUGGGGUGGUCUCUAAACUAGUGGGGUGGCCCAAAACCAGUUGCCAAUAAGGGGAUGAGGAGGCUGAGUCAGUGAUGAGGUUCUACUGCAGUGGGCUUGAAAUCUCUGCCUCAGAGGAUGCCAAAACGAAGCAAGUGAAGAUUGGCCUAUUGACUUCUUCAUGUCCCAGGAAUCAUAUCCACUAGUCACAGACCACUGAUUCAUAAAACACCACUGAUGCAUGGUAUAUUUCAAGACUGCAAUACCAACCGCUUUUCCUGCUUUUGAUGUUUGCUUCAUUUCUUAUUUUACCAUUAAUCUAUUCCAUUUCUUAUUUUACAAGUUAUGGAAUGAGUAAGUUCACUUACAUCUAUAUGUCUCUAUUAUUCAGGUUUGUCAUUCUAACCUUUUGUCACUUGUCAUAAUGUCUUUAUAGCUUAUUACUUGGCAACCAAAUUGAUAAAAAGUAUUAUGCCCAAAUUUCUAUUCUUGUACAUUGGUUCCUCAAGGCAAUAGAACAACAACAUAUUGAAGUGCAUGAGUUGGCAAAUCUUCAGCUUAAAUGAUGUUCCUAGGUGUAUGCUGAUGAAUUCAAUCUCUGCUGAGUGUUUCCUCUGGAGUUUUCUUUGUCAUCGCGUUAUGGAUGACUCAUGAAUAUUAUCUUAUGAUUUGCAAGCUCCUACGACAUAUGUCAAACUCAUCAAUGGAAAAUAAUUGAGUUGCAUGUUUAACCUCAAAUCUGGAAGCAUUGAUCAUUUUGACAAGGUGAAUUAUACGUGUGGAUUAAGUUUAAUCAAACCCUUGGGAGCAAUUCUUAGUGGAAGAUGACCUCAUAUUUCAUAACCUUGUCAAGCAUUGUUGAUUUACAAGAAGUCUUUAAACAACUUGUGAAAUAAGAGGGUCAUUGGUCAGAGGAACAAUGGGUUCAAAAUUCUCCUUCAUCUCCCAAAUCAACCUCAAAGAACCGCUGGGAUUAUUUCUAACUUUGUGGAUCUCCUCACAUGCCAUGAAAGUGCAUCUAGUAUCAACAUCUUGUCUACUACAAAUUAUUAAUCAGAUGUUUGUUGUUGGUUUUGUUCUUUACAAAUUAUUAAUCAGAUGUUUGUUCAAAAUUCCAGUCCUUUUAUUAAUAGUUUUUUUUUUAAUAUUUUUCCAGUAAUAAGGUUGACACAUUUUUAUGUUCUUGCCAUGGUUUAAUUUCCAAUAUGUAUCAAUUUCAUGUUUUCAAUUUCUGGGUCAAACAUUAAGAGUAGCCUCUUGCACCAUGUUGUAUUCCUAAGAAGGAUUUUUUGGAAGA